GGUUAUAUUUUUACUAAUUGCUGAUUUAAUUAAAGGAUUUUAAGUAUUUGUUGAAUAACCUAUAUAAUCCUGUAAACAUGGAUAAAAGUAAAGAAAAAGAAGAACAGAGCAUUAUGGAUAAAUCCAUGAGAUCCGUCUUUGUGGGUAAUAUACCUUAUGAAGCUACGGAGGAAAAGCUUAAAGAUAUAUUCAGCGAAGUGGGGCCGGUCUUGUCUUUUAAACUAGUGUUUGAUAGAGAGACUGGAAAACCCAAAGGUUAUGGCUUUUGUGAAUACAAGGAUCAGGAAACAGCACUUAGCGCCAUGAGAAACUUAAAUGGUUAUGAAAUUGGUGGGCGAUCACUUAGAGUUGAUAAUGCUUGUACAGAAAAAUCAAGAAUGGAAAUGCAAGCCUUAAUGCAGGGACCACAGGUAGAAAAUCCAUACGGAGAUGCAGUUGAUCCAGAAAAAGCACCAGAGGCCAUCAGUAAAGCAGUGGCUACUCUACCCCCAGAGCAAAUGUUCGAACUUAUGAAACAAAUGAAGCUUUGUGUUCAAAAUAACCCAUCUGAAGCUCGAAACAUGUUGCUUCAAAAUCCUCAACUAGCAUAUGCUUUACUUCAGGCCCAAGUGAUUAUGAGGAUCGUUGACCCAGUCACUGCUGUUAGUAUGCUACAUCCCAGCAACCCUGUACCACCAGUGUUACAGCCCGACAAGCCUCCAAUACCUAACAACUAUGUGCCAUCAAAUCAACCACAAGUGCCACCACUUAUGAAUAAUCCUGUCCCUACACCUAAUCAAUACAACCCUCGCAUGGCAAAUAUGGCGGGCAUGGACGUGGACCUGCGCAGUGCGCGUGCGCCGGUACCACCACUACUGGACCAGGACAUGCGCAGUCUGCCGCCCGCGCACCCCGCGCCACACCCCGUGCCGCCUCCGCUCAAUCAAGACAAUAAUCCCGUUCCUAAGGAGACACGAGAAAAUAUGUUCCCGCGUGAUCCCCGUCUCGCGAAUGCUCAAGGCUUUAAUGCGGAUCCCCGCGUGCGACCUAAUGAUCCAAGAACUCAAAACAAGAUGCCCCAACAAAUGCCCCCCGGCAUGCCGAGCAUGGCUCAAGCCAGAACAAUACAAGGAAUACCAUCUGGUGCUUCGGAUCAAGAAAAGGCGGCGCUGAUAAUGCAAGUGUUGCAACUGUCGGACGAGCAGAUAGCGCUGCUGCCGCCCGAGCAGCGCGCCAGUAUACUCAUGCUCAAGGAACAAAUCGCCAAGAGCACGCAACAACGCUAAUACACUAGAUUAUAAUAUUUUUUUCAUUAUAUGCUAUUCAACAAACAAUACUAUUGUU